UAUUGAAAAUGGCCACCGAUUUUUUCCAAGAUAUUAUGAAUGAUGUUGUCAAUGUUAUUACUAACGAUGGAAGAAACUUUGUUGGCACUCUUAUUUCCUACGACCAAAAGAUGAACAUCAUCCUCACAGAUUGCAACGAAAGAGUUUAUGAAAGCAAAGAUGUUCCUGUUGAAGCAGUAAAAAUGAAUUUAUAUUCCAUCAGAGGAGACAAUAUAGCCACUAUAGGUAAAAUAGAGAUGGAUAUUGAAGAAGAUAUUGAUUAUAACCAAGUAAAAGCAGAACCGAUAAACCCUACUCAUAUAUUUUAAACUUGGCUA